AUGUUGUCAACAAAUCAUGAACCAUGGCUUAAUAAAUCAAUCAUUUAUCAUUUCAGACCAAUUAACAAUCUUCAAACAAAUAUGUUUAAACUUUCAAUUCUAUUAUUAUUUAUUUCAUUAUUAUUGAUUUUUGUAAAUGCAAACUAUGAUGGUGAAAUUGAUUCAUCUUCUUAUUAUGUUACCAUCAAGAAUUAUGGAAAUGUAAAUUGUACCGAUUCCUAUACAACAUCUAAAACAGAAUCAGGAGUUUGUUUUCAAAGACAAUAUGUUUAUACUUGUAAUAUUGCCAAUGGAACUAUUGAUGAGAUUAUGUAUUUUAAUUUCCCAAUACAAAAAUGUGGUGGUACAUGGAACAGUUACACCUAUCAAUUAGGCCAAUGUGCUGGUGGUUCCAUCUAUGAAUGUGAUAAAUAA